UCGCGCUACUGCUGGCCCAGAUUCGAUGCGACCGUCACGACGUGAACGUGAUAUCCGAUUCGUCCGCGAGUUCGCUGGGCCACCCUGCUCCCGUACCCUCGCCUCUACAGUCCACCCGUAAAACUUCGAACGAGUAGUAGAAUCCCAGAAACGAAGAGCUCUCUCCUCUAGCUCGUUCGUUGACGCGUGAAUCGUAGGAAUUCGAAGAUCGUAUAUCGUCUGGAUGUUCGUCGUUUAAUUUUGUGUUUAAUUUUUUUCUCUCUCUCGUUUACAUACUUGCAAGAGAGUGUUUUUUAUGAACUGCCACGGAAUCGUGCCAAGUGAAAUCGUGUGCAACGCGUGGUGUGCCGUUACGCUGUGUGUGUGUAAGAUGUGACUUCCCGGCGUGCAUCCGUGCGCUGUCGUCACGCCGUUUUGUCGAACCCCCGCGACCGUGCGACGUGCGGUCCUCCCCACGUCCCGCACUGCAAUAACAGAUCUCGCGUUGUACUCUGCUGCGCGCGGCGAACCCAGAGGCUUCUGAUAUAUCCGCUCUAACCCCGGCCAGGCUCGUUCGGGUCGUCAAAUGACCUUAAGUUUCCUGGUGAGUGCAUCCUCACAUACAUGGAGUUUCAGCUGGAUAGUGCAGAGUACUGCCAGGCUCAACACAAAUAGAGAGAUACGCCCAAAUAUCCUAGAACCUGCUAGGCACUAUUGAAGAAGAAAGAAAAAAAGAAAGGAACAUCUCAAUCAGGCAAAGAAAAAAAUUUUUUGAUAUUGGGAUCAUCCGCCUUGAAGUCAGAAAAUCAUCAGCUAGUCAUCACGAAAUAUAGAAUUAAAUAGAAUCAAUUGUUAAUUUACAAUAUUAAAUACAAGCAUUGUAGUUACUGAGCGCACCUGAUUUAGGCGCACCCAGUGCCAAAUAGCUAAUCUUCCGAAUCAUAGUCAAGGAUCCCAAGUGGGAAUCGAUCGCAUAUCAACAACGCCUAAUGUAACGUAGUCCUCACCCUUUCAAGGAAAUUUGCACCUUCACAACCCUCCUCGAGGUCUACAUGUGAACCCAUUGUUCUGUCCUCUGUAAAAAAAUAACAAAGUAUUCAAUUAGUUAAAUGAAAAACAACUUUAUAAGACUGACAUCUAUGGGCUAAGUUCUCAAAUUCAGCUUUUGUUGCUGAAGUUGUAUAGUGUGGCACAUUGCAAAAAUAAAGAGAAACAGUGUCGUACAAAAUCGUCAAAAACAUAAAAAUAGUAGGAGUUUUACACCACUUGUUGUCCAAAAAGGAAAUGAGCAACAUGAGGGUGAAGGACAUCAGACCGGAACCCGCCGAGAUUGAAUACAAAAAUAUGAAGUUCCUUAUUACUGAUCGGCCCAAUGAUCAGACCAUUCACACUUUUAUUCAAGAACUGAAGAAGCACAAUGUUAAAGAAGUAGUGAGGGUCUGUGAACCAACGUACAAAGUAGAGGAACUUAAAGCAGAAGGGAUCAAUGUCAUAGAUUUGGUAUUUGAUGAUGGAACAUUUCCACCAAACGAAGUUAUCGACGAAUGGUUCGAACUAUUAAAAAAUCGGUUCCGCGAAUCUCCUGAUGCAUGCGUGGCCGUACACUGUGUCGCAGGGCUUGGUAGAGCGCCGGUCUUAGUUGCACUUGCUCUUAUUGAGCUGGGGCUAAAGUAUGAAGAUGCGGUCACAUUAAUUAGGGACAAAAGGCGAGGUGCUAUUAAUUCAAAGCAGCUGGCCUAUCUUGAAAAAUAUCGUCCCAAAUCUCGAUUGAAGCUCAAAAAUGGACAAAAAAACUCCUGCUGCGUCCAAUAGAUUAAACGAUUUCUUUGAGAAGUUACUAAUUCAUACUGAUUGGUAUACCUAAUUGUAUAGGUUUUCGCGCCUGAUAACAAGAGACAUACCGUAUCGACUCUGUUCUGAAAGGCCUAUCAAUGGAAAUGCAACCAUACCACUUGUGAAACAGUUUAAUAAUAAUACGUAUAUUUUGCACCAUUUGAUCCUCCAGCAUAAAUGAAGCAAUUUAAAAGCAAAGUAAAUUGCAUAUGAUUAUUUGCACUCUUCUUUUACGAAAUGUUUAUAUUUAUUUUUGAUACUAAAUUAAUAUUAAAUGCUACAGAAUAGGAAAUGUCUUCUGAACGUGAUACGAAUAGUAAUAAAAUUCGAAUGGAUCUGAUCGUUUUUAUGUAAUAAAUAAAGAAAGAAAAAGAAAUCAGAUCAGCUUAUGCGUUUCAUAAUAAUACUUAGUACCUUAUUUUAAAAUUAUCGUGUACAAGUAUUCUAGAAGGCUGCAUUUACUUGGUCCAAUGAAAUAAGACGUCUAAUAUUACUAAUUAAUUUAUGAACAUUAGUUAAUAUGUUACUUGUGCAAGAUAUUUUAAGCAUGGUUGGAGCAAUCACCUAUAUGAAUUAGUAAAAAUUUCUAGUAAAAAAAAAUGGUUCCUUUGCUAUUCAGUCGUCAUAAAAUUUAGCUAUUUAGAAAAUUAGUGCAAUAAAAAACUAACUCACCUUUUCCAUAAUAAUUAAAUGCAAGAAAUGAUGAACGUCCAAUUAACAACAGCUUUUAAGCAAUUCGACAUACUUACUUUUAGAUUAUUAUUAAAUACAUAUUUUCUGCAGAUGUUUUGCGUAUAACAUAAACAAGAAAAAAUAAAACAAAAUUUUUGUACUAUUGGAAUAUACUAAAAAUAUGCAUUUUCUCAACAAAAUGUGGUUCAUGGAUGUUAUCUGUACUACAAAAAAAUAAAAGAAAAAAAAAGAAAAAAGGAAAAAACGGAACGAUAUAUUAAUUGGUAUAUUUAGUUGGAUUUAUAAAAAUAAUCAUUCAAUGAAUGUACGCUGUAUUGCAAAUAUUCUUUAAAUUUUAUGUUUUCUAUUAUGUACCCUAUCAAAUUUGAUAUACAUUAUUGACAGUAAUUGCAAUAUACAUUUUCAUAUAUUUAUCACAUUUUAAAAUUAAAAAAUUUCGAAGGGAAAUUUAUACGAGAGAAAAUUAUUUACACACGAAAAUUUAGAAACUCUUUUGAAACCAGUGAAUGUUUAAAGUAUACCUCUUAAACGAAAGGAACGUUGCGUUGCAUUUCCAAUGGCAUGCCGAAUUGAUGAGUGUUCUUAACUCUUACUGGACUUGGAAUCUGCGUUAACUUGAAAUAACGAAUAUUGCGAAACAAAGUGAGGAAACAAGAAAUCGCUCCAGAGUUAUAUAUCACUUUUAUCGUAGCUUAACGACAAUUUCACCAAAAUUUAAAAAAAAAAACAUCCACUUUUAUUCGAUAAAUUUUAAAAAGGCUGCAUACGCGUUUUGUGUGAAGCAUAUAUUGUAAUCGUAAUCGCAAUUUUGGUAAAAUUGUCGGUGAUGCUGUACGCCACACUAAACUGUGUUCAAAAGAUAGAAAAAAAGAAUUCGCUCCUAAACUAAUGAAUGUAAUAUUUAUAUCAUUUCAUGCGUCUGCCGAUUUAACGUGAAUGUACGUUCCUGUAUAUAUUAUGAUACGUGAAUAUUGUGUUUAUAAUCGUUUCUCGUACUUAUAGCGAAAGUUGUGUACAAGAGUGAUGUGAUGAGGUAGUCGUAGUCGUCUGUAUUUUUUUUUUCUCCCUCCCUAUUUUUGAUGAUUAGCGUAUGUAAGAAUUCUGAAUGACGUUUUUCUACGAAACUAUUGACAAAAUGAGAUGAAUUUAAUUGCACGACACGCCAAUAAUAUAACAUAUUCCUUUAUGUGCAUAAUUUUUAAGUAAGUACCAUGUACAACCGUUGUACAUUCACCAUAAUCGCAGACUCGAAAUGAAAUUUGAACCUGGUACAGCUCCUUUUUUGUAAUGUUAAAAAACUGCAAUAUUUUUUACCAGAGGAUGGGACGAGGGACAUUCGUAAAAAUAAAGAAGAAUUAUCAAGCCUUAGAUUCGAAAUUGAACAAUUCUCUAAUUGUUCGAUUUUUCUUUUCUCUUUUUCCUUAGGUUAUCGUUAAACAAUUAAUCACGAUCGGCGAAACAAAUUUUGUUUUCUCUUCUUUUCCUUCUUUUUUUUUUCUCUCUCUCUCGUUUUAGUAAAACAUUAAUACUUUAAUUAGGUAUAUCUAGCAAUUCAUUGAGAAAGUUACCAACGAAUUUUUAUCAUGUGGAAUUUAAUUUUGCACGUCGAUUCACUUCUUCAAGCGAUUAUACUUCACCUGUCUGAAGUAAUUAUGAGUAUAUUAUGAGUGGACAUAUUUUAUCUGUGAUACAUUUUUUGUGGAGAAAAGGAUCGAAAACUAGAUGGAAUUAAUUGGGCUUAUUGAAAACGCGCUACCUAUGGAAAAAAUAAAUAGUGAAAGAUCAAGGUUAACGAGAACCGCGGCCCGCAUAUUUUAAAAUCGAACAAUUAAUGGGCAUUUGUAGAUCUUAUUUAAAAUUGUAUUUAGAAAUAUAUUUUGAUCUGAAUAUUUACUAUUUUGCAUACUCACCGCGUGUUAAACGAGGAAAGGAAGAAAACUUUUUAUUCUCGAAGAAUUGAAUCGAAACGCUGUAUAAAAUUUUAUUUCGUUCAGAGGACGAAAGGUGAUCCAUAAAAAAGCACGAGGUAUUUCAUUUAAUCGCUGUUAUUUUAUAAAACGGCGAUUGUGAAAAAAUCGUUUCGUACGUUAAGUGAAAUAAAAGUUAAAAAAGAAAAAAAAAGAAAAGAGUAUAAUGUUUCAAUUCAUAUGAAUAUUAAGAACAAGAACAACUUAGGUAGCAAAGAAAUCCUCUAUUUUGAACCGACGUAAACUAAGAACAGUCACUCCUUUCGAAUCGAUUAUGCAAAAA